UUUUUUUUUUUCUUUUUUUCUUCACUCUUCUUCUUGAAAAGAAACAAGAAAAAAAAACCUACCCCACAAAACACCAUCUGUCAUCAUGGCUACUAGUACGACGAUGGAGCGCUCUGCCAGCGACUACCAGCACGAGUUCUUUGAGGAGAAGGCGCGCCAGAUGCGCGAGGUCGAGGAGGUGAUUGCCAAGUCGUCGCUCAUCCCGUCCGAGCUCAUUGCCAAGGAGGUUGCCUGGUUUUACAACAAGCUCGGCAUUGAGGACAUUUUCUUCAAGAACGAGCCCGCAGAGAAGAUUGCCGAGUUUAUCAUGUCCGUCUAUGCCGCCAAGAUUCUCUCCUUCACCAAGCACAAGACGACCGUCGACAUUACGCUCGAGCACCAGACCGACCACGGUGCCAUCUUCCUGCACAACUCCCAGCCCGGUGUCUCUGUCGGCGCUGGCUUUGAGCAGAAGAUUGACGACGAGUACCUCGACAACCCCAACGUGCUCUACCGCGUCGAGACGUACCGCUCCAAGGGCGUCAUUUCCGAGGGCACCCCCGUCCAGCUCCGCUGCUACUUUGUGGAAAAGUGCGAGUUUGACGAGUCGUCCACCACCAACAGCCACGAGACGGACAUUCAGAAGAUUGGCUCCAAGUCCUUCCUCAUGAACGCCACCGAGAACACGCUCGAGGUCUACCAGAAGAUCAUCAAGAAGGCUGUCAACCGCACUGGCCCCGUCAUUGAGCACUUUAGCUUCCCUGACACUGACGAGAAGCGUGUCGUCAUUGCCUACCGUCGCGGCGACGCCAAGAAGUUUGUCUCGUCUCUUUCGGACUUGUACCACUUUUACGAUCUGUACUCGACCCGCAAGUUUGUUGAACAAUUCUCCAACGGCAUGACGGUCGUCUCCAUGUACCUCAUGCAGCUCCCCGAGUCGUCCAAGCCGGCCAUCGACAUGUGCAUCUAUCAGCUCGUCAAGGAGAUUUCGCUGCUGUACAUUCUGCCCACGUCGCCCCUGCAGCCCCUCUUCCACAAGAAGGUUCUUUCCGUGCAGGAGACCAGCUACGCGUACGCUGCCUGGAAGUUUGCCGAGCACUUCCUCAACCGUCUUGGCCCGGAAUACCUUGCCCUCCGCGACAUUCUCACGAUUGGCGGCGUCGAGACCCACAACGCCCUCCUGUCCAAGCUCAAGUCGCGCCUGCGCAACGAUACGUUCACGUCCGAGUACAUUGGCGAGGUCAUUCAGCGCUACCCCGAGCUCGUCCGCCAGCUCUUUGGCAACUUUGCCUCCGUCCACCACGUCUCGACCAAGCCCGCGCCCGGCCUGACGCGCUCCAACCGCACCAUCUCGUCCGAGCGCCUCACCGAGUAUGCUCUUGUCCAAGAGACGGACUUGCCCACGAUGAUCAAGCGCGCCGUCGCCAACCCGAAGGAGGCUGCCAUCUUUGAGGUCUUUUUGACCUUCAACAAGCACAUCCUCAAGACCAACUUUUUCCAGCCCACCAAGGUUGCGCUGUCCUUCCGCCUCAACCCCGCCUUCCUCGACAAGACCGAGUACGCCAAGCCCGUCUUUGGCAUGUUCUUUGUCGUUGCCGCCGAGUUCCGCGGCUUCCACGUCCGCUUUGCCGACGUUGCCCGCGGUGGCAUCCGCAUCAUCCGCUCGCCCAACCGCGACGUCUUCUCGCGCAACCUGUCGUCCCUGUUUGACGAGAACUACAACCUCGCCAACACGCAGCAGCGCAAGAACAAGGACAUCCCCGAGGGCGGCUCGAAGGGCACUGUGCUCCUCGAAGAGUCUCACCAGACCCCCGACAAGCCCGAGCUUGCCUUCCGCAAGUACGUCGACGGCAUUCUCGACUUGCUCCUGGUCGGCCAGACCCCCGGUGUCAAGGACGUCCUUGUCGACCUCUACGGCAAGCCCGAGAUUCUCUUCUUUGGCCCCGACGAAGGCACUGCCGACUUUAUGAACUGGGCGUCGCAGCAUGCGCACCUCCGCGCCGCGCCGUUCUGGAAGGCCUUCACCACCGGCAAGAGCCGCAGCCGCGGUGGCAUCCCCCACGACUACUACGGCAUGACCACGCUGUCCAUCCACCAGUACGUGCUCGGCCUGCUCAAGAAGUACAACCUCAAGGAGGAGGAGCAAACCAAGGUCCAGACGGGCGGCCCCGACGGCGAUCUUGGCUCGAACGAGAUCAAGAUCUCAAAGGACAAGACCACGACCAUUGUCGACGGCUCUGGUGUUCUGUACGAUCCCGAGGGCAUCAACCGCACCGAGCUCUUGCGCCUGGCCACCUCCCGCAAGAUGAUCAAGGACUACAACCUUGCCGGCGCCCCGCUUUCCAAGCUCGGCUACCGUGUGCUUGUCGAGGAGAAGAACGUCAAGCUGCCCAACGGCACGAUUGUCGAGAAUGGCAUGGACUUCCGCAACACCUUCCACCUCAACACGAGCGUCAAGGCCGACUUUUUCGUGCCCUGCGGCGGUCGCCCCGAGGCUGUCAACAUUCAGAACGUCUCGUCUCUGUUUGACGAGAAUGGCGACUCGCGCUUCAAGUUUAUUGUCGAGGGUGCCAACCUCUUCUUCUCCCAGGAGGCCCGCCUUGCCCUCGAGAAGGCUGGCAUCCCCGUGUUCAAGGACGCGUCCACCAACAAGGGCGGUGUCACCUCGUCGUCGUUCGAGGUCUUUGCCUCGCUCGCCCUUUCGGACGACGAGCACGCCAAGAACAUGUGCGUCGCCGACGAGAGCAACGAGCCCGAGUUCUACAAGCGCUACGUCGAGGCUGUGCAGCGCGCCAUUGAGCGCAACGCUGCUCUCGAGUUUGAGUGCCUCGAGCGCGAGUACGCCAAGUCGGGUGUUGCCCGCUCCAUUCUGUCGGACAAGCUGUCGAACAAGAUUGUCGAGCUCGCCGCCGACCUCGAGCAGUCCACUCUGUGGGACAACCAGCAGCUCCGCAAGGUUGUCCUGACCGAGUACUGCCCCAAGGCUCUGUUGGACCUCAUCUCGCUCGACACUGUCAUUGCCCGCGUUCCCGAGCCCUACCUCAAGGCCAUUUUCGGUGCCUACCUUGCCUCCCGCUUUGUCUACACCCACGGCCUCGACUACUCGCCGUUUGCCUUCUUUGAGUUUAUGCAAUCCUUCCUCACCCGUGCCUUCUAAAGAGGAGGGGUUGUAUGUUGGUUGUUUUUUUGUUCUCCGAUCCAACGGGCGUUUGAUGUUUGUUUGCUUUGCUUUUUUUAACACUUUUCGUUCGCGAACGAAUUGUUGCUUCUUGUCGUAAUGAAAUACGCUUUUUUUCCCAA